AAGUUCGGCUAUAAAAUAUGGAUAUUUUAUUUUUAAAUCCUUUUUGAAAACUGAUUUCAUUGAACUAUUAUUUUUUUAAUAAUAUGUUUUUAAAGUAUUAAUUAUGUUUUUAAUUUAGGUUAAAUGACUAAAAUGUAUACAAAUAAAAAAAAAAAAAAACAAGCGGCAUAAUGGUAUUUUUCUUUACUGUACUUCAUAGUUAAGUAGUUAAAUAUAAUAUUGUGAUUCACUAUGUCAGAUGCUUGGCAAGAAAUCCAAGCGGUUAAAAGUAAACGGAAUUCCUUACGUGAAAAACUGAAAAAAAGAAAAAUUGAACGUCAGGUUAUUCUUAACGAGUCCGUUGAUAGUAUUGUUUCUAGACAUUCUUUAACAACUUUUGCUGGCAGCGGUGAAAAUGAGUCAAACUUCGAUUGGAGUAAAGUCGGCGGCGAACGCGUAUUGUUGGAAACACUUAUUGACGUUUCUCUUAAUUUUCCUAUGACGUCUAAUCAAUUAGUAGCUGCACUUUCAAAAAAACAGUCUACUUACGUAUCUCAUUCAUCUGUUAUAGAUCUUCUCAAUAAAUUUUCUGCUCAAAACCUAAUCAGUAUUGAAAAUAUUAUCGCCGAUGGUCAAAGGAGUUUAAAAAUAUUAACAACAGAACACGCUAAAUGUCUUGCUAUGAUUAACGAUUUAUCAUCAGAAAUUGACACAGUCACACAGUUUGAAAAGUCCCGUUUGUUACUGGAAAACAAAAUUAAACAACUUGAAGAUGAAGAUAUCAACGAGUGCCAGAAAAAAGUAAAAAUUCCUAAACUGUCUUGUGAAAUACGAAAAUCUGAAGAAUCUGACGAUGAUAUAAUGUCGCUUAUAUCUAUGCCAUCCAUUAGAGAAAAAGAAAUUAAAAAAAUUAGUGAAGAAAUUAUGGAACUUCUUAAUAAACCAACUGUGAAGGAAAGAUCAUUGGCUGAAAGUUUCCGGUCGAAAGGAGGUACUCAUGUUAUGGAGUUCUGCCCACACGGCACUCGGUCCGAUUGUAUGGAAGGCCACGUGUGUAAAAAACUACAUUUCAAAAAAAUCAUUCAACUACACACAGAUGAAUCCUUAGGCGACUGUUCAUUUCUCAAUACAUGUUUUCACAUGGAUACAUGCAAGUACGUCCAUUAUGAAGUAGAUGGUGUUACUAGUAAAGUAAAUUUAGUGAAUGCGCUGAAUAGUUUUCCAGCUAAGAAAGAAAUAUCGUCCGAUAAAAAUGAACUGUUUCCUUGUCAAUGGAUCCAGUGCGAUCUAAGAUAUAUGGAUUUUACGUUUUUAGGAAAAUUUGCUGUGAUUAUGGCUGAUCCUCCGUGGGACAUUCAUAUGGAACUUCCUUAUGGAACAUUAUCCGAUGAUGAAAUGAGACGUUUAGGUAUUCCUCAACUACAAGACGAUGGACUUAUAUUUCUAUGGGUUACAGGGCGCGCAAUGGAACUAGGAAGAGAAUGCCUUAAAUUGUGGGGAUAUAAACGAGUAGAUGAAAUUAUUUGGGUAAAAACCAACCAAUUACAGAGGAUUAUAAGGACAGGUAGAACUGGCCACUGGCUCAACCAUGGUAAAGAACACUGUUUGGUGGGAAUGAAGGGAAAUCCUCCAAAUUUAAAUUGUGGUCUAGAUUGUGACGUAAUUGUUGCAGAAGUGAGAGACACUAGCCAUAAACCAGAUGAAAUAUAUGGUAUUAUCGAGCGUCUGUCACCUGGUACAAGAAAAAUUGAACUUUUUGGCAGGGCUCACAAUAUUCAGCCAAACUGGAUAACUCUUGGAAAUCAAGUUGAAGGCAUCAGGUUAACGGAUCAAGAUCUAAUUGAUAAAUUUAAAAAGGCAUAUCCAUCGGGUAACUGUUCGACUACAUUGAAAAGAAAUUCAUAACAAGUUAUACUACUGUUCAGUUGUAAUCUACAAUUAAAAUAAAAAUACUUGGAAUAUGGAUAUAAAUGAAAAAAUAAUAAAUCAAUGUAUCUACAA